GUGGGCCUUUUCUUGGGCUCUAACGAUUUUAAUGGAGGGAGAGGGAGGGAAAACUGAACAGAGAUCCCCUUCCUCUCUCUCUCUCUCUCUCUAAUUCCAUCCCCCGAAACCUCCUUCUCCUCCUUCUACACUGAUUUCCCGUUCCCUUCGUCCAAAUUCCCACUUUUUCCCUUCUAAUUAUCUCUCGGGUCGUUAUUUUCUGAUUACAGAGAGAAAGGUGAUGAGAAUGCCUGCGUCGGGUUCUCAUAAAGUCUCCAUCUUUUCGCCACCAUCGCUGUGAGACCUUCAGAUCCUAAUCCCAAUUCGGAGUCCUCUGUUCCUGCCUCCAAUUCACGGCAAGACUAAUUCUUUUCCGUUCGUAUUCUCUAGGGUCGCGCGUUAUAAUUGAGACAAUGAAGACAAAUAUCAAGAAGAGAAGAGUCGCUGUCGCUUCUUCGUACCAGUCUGAAUCUUUCGACGACGAGGAAGCUAGGUUUAGAGAGAGACAGAAAGUACUCUUUCAGGAGUUCUUGAACUUGCAGAAGGAAUUUGCGUCGAAGCAGAAGAAGCUCGAGACUGCCAAACAGAGGAGGCAGACGCUUAUGGAUGAAGUCCGAUUCCUAAGACAAAGGCAAACACAUCUGCUGACGAUGCAAUCUGAUGAACAAGAGCAGCAAGGAGGACUUUUGUCACCACCACUACGAAUUCGAGCCAAUGUUGGUGGGGAGUCAUUGAUUACUGAAGCAGUAAAUAGGAUGCCUUUGAAUGGUUCGAUUAGCAGUAAAAGAGGUCAAAAGAAGAAGAAAAAGAAGCCAAAGACGGAGCAUAACGAUUUCCUGGCAACUCAUGAGCUGCUGUCCAUGGAAUGAACGAAACAAAUGUCGUUGAAACCG